UUACCGAGGAUAUAUACAGGGGAUAAUGUACUGGAUUUGGUUGUAAUUGGUUGCGGACCUGCUGGGCUGGCUCUGGCUGCUGAGUCAGCUAAGCUGGGUCUGAAUGUUGGGCUUGUUGGCCCAGAUCUUCCUUUCACGAAUAACUAUGGCGUGUGGGAGGACGAAUUCAAAGAUUUAGGACUUGCAUGUUGCAUUGAACACGUCUGGCGGGAUACUGUUGUAUAUCUGGACGAAAAUGAUCCCAUUUCUAUCGGUCGUGCAUAUGGACGUGUUAGUCGGCAUCUGCUUCACGAAGAGUUACUGAAAAG